AUGGCUCACGACGCCCCCGCUCAGACGGAUGGCGAUGGCCUGCCUCCAGGUACCACCAGACUUAUCGACGUAGACGGCUCCGUCAUCAGCAAACAUGCUUCCGGAUCCGAUGAGGCGGAUAUCGUUCUCAUUCCUCGCCCGUCGGAAGAUCCAGAGGACCCGUUGAACUGGACCAAGAAGCGAAAAUGGCUUGCGACAUCUUGCGUCUUGGUUUACACCGUCAUGAUAGCAAUCCCGAGUAGUGCUGUCUAUUCUGUCGUCACCCCCAUCAGAAAAGCAACUGGAUUAUCGCUUUCAGAUAUCAACAAUGGCACGGGAAUCAUGUUCCUGUUCUAUGGCUGGGGUUGUCUGAUCUGGCAACCGUUUGCGUUGCAGUACGGCAAACGACCAGCGUACCUGGCGUCUCUCAUGGCCAACAUUAUCAUCCUCGCUACCGCCCCGAUGUGCACCACGAAACACACAUAUCUGGCCAAUCGCAUCCUGCUUGGGCUUUUUGGGGCCCCGGUUGAAUCUUUGUGCGAAAUUUCUAUCACAGAUAUCUGGUUCGCGCACCAGCGCCCUAAAUACCUUGCACUCUACGGGUGGGGUCUUUCAAUGACGGGCAAGCUUGCUCCGAUGCUUUCGGGCUUCAUCAACGUGGGCAUGGGUUGGAAAUGGACUCUCUGGUGGUGUUCUAUAUUCAACGGCAUUGCUCUCGUCUACUGCUUCCUUUUCAUGGAGGAGACCAACUAUGAUCGUCCCGCGCGGCCUGUCGAAGACAGCACAUCCACAGGUCAUGCAACCGGAGUUCGAGAGCAGCACAACGGGAGCGAUGCGGACGAGAAGUCGUCUGAUAAGGCGGACGAGAAAAACAUGACAAAUGCCAAACCUGUUGAUACCGAAACUGGGCAGAUGAUCUAUCCUCGCAAGACUUAUAUCCAGAAGCUCAGUAUCAAGGACAAGGCUAGGCCCAACCGCAUGUUGGAUAUUGCACUUGGUGGACUUAGAGGUUUCACAUACCCCUCAGUCGUUUACGCAGGUCUGAUGUACGGUGCCAACAAUUUGGUAUGGUCGGGUGUGCAGAACGCUACGGCUGGUACUGUAUACACCACGAUAGGCUACUACUGCGGCAAGGUCGGUCGGCUGCUCACGAUCCGCCUCGCCCGACGCAACAAUGGAAUCUCCGAGUCGGAACACUCCCUCUGGCUCUUCUCCGCAUCAAUGUUUCUGGUACCAUUCAGCAUGCUCCUAUACGGCCUGGGUGUGACCUACCACAUUCACUGGAUGGGUCUCGUCAUCUCCCAGUUCACCCUCGCCAUCAACAACGCCCUUGCUGUGGCGGGAUCACUCGGAUAUGCCAUCGCGUCGUAUCCGCAGCUUAGCGGUGACAUGAUCACCACAUGCGUCAUCAUCCGCAACACCAUGUCGUUUGCAAUCAACUAUGGAAUCACUCCUUGGCUAAACCAUAUGGGAUAUCGCGAUACCUACAUCAUCGUUGCCGCGAUCGGAUUCGUCUGGAAUGCUAGUAUCUUCGUCAUGACCAAGUAUGGUAGGACUAUCAGAGAGAAUAGUGCGAACAGAUACUGGCGUCAUGUUGCCAAAGCGCAUGCUAAAGGCCUCAGUCACUGA